UCCCCGCCCCGGCUUCGCUGCGGUCACUUCCUGCAGCUGGGCCCGGCCGUGCCCGGCGCCCCGGCCUCCGGCGGCCUCGGCGGGCGGCAGCGGGUGCGCGGCGGAGCGGCGCUGGCGGCCAGGGGCGCCGGGCCCCGGCUGCGAUCUGAAGAGGACUCCUCAUCCUUCAGACAUAGCAUGCCCACAGUCUUCCUGGCCAAUGAUUCUUUUACAGCAAGCAGGACUUCUUCCUCAUCCUGAGAAGCCUCCAUCUCUUCCUAUGUCAGUGGCUACAAGGCCCAGAGCCACCUCACCGCUGUCCCCACCCAAACCUCUUGGACUGGGGCCUUCCCUUCACCACGCACAAGACGAAGAGCUUGCAAAGGUGGUGGAGCAGGACCCUAUGCUGGAGGAACUAUGUAAGCCUCUGUGCUGUAAGCUUUGCAAUGUCACCCUGAAUUCAGCACAACAAGCCCAGGCUCAUUACCAGGGUAAAAACCAUAGUAAGAAACUCCGAAAUUACUAUGCUGCCAAUAGCUGUCCGGCACCUGCCAGGAUGAGUAAUGCGGUUGAGCCUGCCCCGCCUCAGGUUGUCUCCCUUCCAGCUCAGAUGGGAUCCAGUAAACCAGGUGGCCGAGUGAUCUUGGCCACAGAGAAUGAUUACUGCAAGCUUUGUGAUGCCUCGUUUAGUUCUCCGGCUGUGGCGCAGGCUCACUACCAAGGGAAAAAUCAUGCCAAACGGCUGCGUCUUGCAGAAGCACAGAAUAAUUCAUUCUCGGAUGCAUCGGAACUGGGCAAACGGAGGACAAGGAAAGAAGGGAAUGAAUAUAAGAUGAUGCAGAACAGAAGAAAUAUGUAUACAGUUCAAAACAACACAGGUCCCUACUUCAAUCCCCGCUCGCGGCAGAGGAUUCCUCGGGAUUUGGCCAUGUGUGUCACCCCCAGCGGCCAGUUCUACUGCUCCAUGUGCAACGCCGGGGCCAGCGAGGAGAUGGAGUUCAGGCAGCACUUAGAAAGCAAACAGCAUAAAAGCAAGGUGUCCGAACAGCGGUACAGAAAUGAAAUGGAGAACCUAGGCUAUGUACAAUGACGCGCCGCCCUCGGUAGUAGUUCGCAAAUAGAGCAGCUUGUCUCUCGCCUGCUGUUUGCCACAUGCCCUGCUUUGUGCUCCAUUUGAUAGGAGCAUGCUCUCGAGCUAUACAUGUAACACCUGCAAACUUAAUGGUAUGGUUAGAUUUUUUUUCUAUCAUAGUUGGCAGGAUGACGCUGUGCAGGACAUGAAGUGUUUUUGAUGUUUGUUUGCUAGUUAUCUAAGGCUCUUUGUUGUGUUGAGUGGCUGGGGUGACUUUGGUCUCUCCCCGGCCUUCUGCAUGAAUAUGCAAAGACCAAGAAGUGCUGGGAACUUCUGGGGUUCCACCACACAGGUGAACCAUGUGCAAAGCCCGCUCCCCUCUUUGUGUGCCGCAGAGCUGUGCUUCUGAAUGUCUCCCUACAGCAGAGUGAAUCUCUGGGCAGCUUGUAAAAGAGGGGUAGGAAUGGGGCCUGUGAAUGUCCGAGCUAGGGGUGUAUUUGUCCACAAAUUGCUGCUUGUGGCCCUCAUUACAGCCUGCAGUAAGUUCUUUCCACAUGCCUGUAAAAAGGCUACGCACACCUCUCCACCUUGGAGGGUCUUGCCUCUUACCCAUUUCUCUGUGAUGCAGAUUUCAUUCUGAAGAUCUGACAGUAGAUGCCAGCUGAGAAGCCACAUCCAGAAAUGCUCUUCUACCAAACAGUUAUCAAUGAAAAUGGAUUUUUGGAAUUGUUGGCUGGGUACCUUAACGCACCACGGGUGUAGCUCAUCUCCCUGAAGAGAGCCUGUGGGGGUUUCAGUGGCUUAAUGCAGUGAAUCGAAAAGCAACCCAGCUCAGGUGAGAUGUGCUGUGCUCUGAUUCCACGUUAGCCAGGGUAGGGUUAAGGAUAGGUUGCAAGGAGCUGUCGGUUAUAAUUUCUUUGCGUAGCGAUGUAGAAGAGAGCGAGUAUUAGUGUUUGGUGCACAGCCCUAUUCCUUGGGAGAGCACGGCUGCCUGGACCCCAGGAAGCAGAUGUCAGUGUGUCCCACUUCCACGCCAUUCCUCGACAGAGCCCACUCCGUAUUAAAGAAGAGAGGUAAAAUGUUCAUUUGAACUAGGGCUACCAAUACUGGAUAAAGAUUUUCCCCUCUUUGUUUUCCCAUCCCAACCCGGGUUUUGAUUCCAUUCCUAGAUGUGAACUUCACUGUUAUAGGGACCAUAAAAAUCCAAAGUUAGGGAGGAUGUAAAUGUCAGGAGUAAUGAUUGAGUAAGAGCUUUUUGGCCAUGCAGAAGUCCUCAUGAAACUUGUUAAUCAACUUUUUAAAUGUCAUCAAAGGGUGUGUGUCUGUUUUGGUGAUCCUCAGUGGAAGUGGAAAGGGGAUAAAGAACAGAAGUAGGGCUGACGUUUUUCUACUCAUUUAGGUAGAUGUGAAGCUGUGACUGGAAUCCAGUUCACAGUUUUUCUAUAGUAUUGGCUCCAGUGGCAAGUGCAGCAUGUAGCUAACCUCUCCUGAACCUGAUUCCCACUGUGCUGCUAUAGCUGUACGCCAGUAUAGCUUCAUUGACUUCAGUGGCAGGUGCAGAGAGGGAGUAGAGGAAGCAUCAUGCCUUGACUCUCGCUCCUCUUUAGGCGGACUGAAUUAGAUGCAGCUCCAUUGGUUUCAGUAGCAUUUUACCAGGGAUAGAUUGUACCUAGUGCAUGAUGUUGAAGGUAACCCUGCCCCUUCUCCCCCUUCUCCCCACCCUUACCUGUUUUUACCAUUCUGAUCCUGCUUCUUGCAUUCCAGAAGGAUUUUCUGCUUGCCUUAAAAAAUGAAAAAUGACUCAACAAACAAAAAAUCCAGAUAGUUUUUAGUAAUUUUUCUAGUCCACUUCAAAAAUGCUUGUCUCACUUGGCUGCUCAAAAGAGAAGGCUGCUCCCCAGGAACCGUGUAUUGUUCUCUCUACCUACCUGAGCGUGAGCUAUGCAUGCAGCCUUAACACAGCCUUCUUAAAUCCAGGCAGAGUGAGCUCUUGCAAAAAGAAAAAGAAAAAAAAAAAAAAAAAAAAAAGGCAACCCCCUGCAUCGUUGCAGGCUGUUUCUUGCCUUGUGAAUACGGGCAGGGCAAUGCUCAUCCUUUUGAAUAGGAUUCCCUCCCCUCCUUUGUGCAAAGCCCAGUUUUGUGGGCUUUGUGCACUUGAGCACAUUAGAAGGUAGGAAGGAGAACAGGUGUCCAGGUUGAAAAGCACUCAUUGGGCAGUUUUCACAGCCUCUAAGUCUGUUUCUCCUGUGCUGUUCUGCCCUGGCUCACCUUCUUUGCAACCUUGAAGAACAUUCCCCUUGCAAAAGUCUCCCGUCAGCCUUUACCCCUCAUCUUUGCAGUGAAAGGGUUGGUUUUCUCUUUGUGUUCUGACUUUUGUUUUCCUAGCUGGACACCACUGUGUAGGGACAGAAGGAGCUGGGUGAGCCUUACCACAGGUGUGUUUGACCAGCGUGGUCCCUGCAUCGUGCUUAAACGUCCCUCUUGCUGUCAAUUAAAGCGUGGUAUUUUCCCACAUUCGGGAGGCUACGCUUGGGAUGCUGUUGGCUGUGCUUGUGGGCUGCUCCCCUGCAAGCGAGUCUGGUUUGGAGGAAUGGCUUGAGUCUCCCCAGAACAGAGGCACCUAGCUGGUUUGGUUUUUCACAGGAAAACAAGCAGUGAGUGUCAUCAUCCUGAGAAUUUCAAAGCGGUGUGUUACGUAGCAGGCAUAAAGCGGGUAGUGGGAUUCCAGCAGCAGGAGGAAGAUGAGUUUGCUAAGCGGGAGGAAAGCAGCUGAGGAUUAAUUGCUUUGCCCCAGCCCCCUGUUGUGGCCCUUCUCUGUGAGUGACCAAAGCUUGACUCUCCCUUUCCAGCAUUGCUUAAUGGUUUGUGUUCUUCCCACUCUCUCUCCAGCACAGAAAAUUGUUGACUACAAAGAGAAAGCACCUCGCCCCACUAAUAUCUGUAGGGUCGAGCCAAUCCAAACUCAUACUUUUCAGCAGGAGAAGCAGGGUGGAUCCUGAUUUUAUUUUUCUAUGAAAGCUGAUCUCCAAAUCAGCAUUCAGAGCGCAUAUUGAAAACAUGUCCUGGCAAAAUCCUAUUAGUCAUAGGUGGGACGGGGAGAAUAGCAUACAGCUGUAGUACCGGGGAGAAUAGCAGUCAGCUGUAGUACCAUUUUCCAGACACAGUCAGUAUUUUUCUCAAGUUAGUCGAAGUACCAAACUCAAGAAAUAGGACUUCUGUGAAACUGUCACGUUGGCCAGUAGGUUAAUGACCUUUGCUGCUAGAAACAAAAUAUAAAUCAAUGUGUUCAUAUUUAUUUUACUGCGCUGACCACUAAUUGACUUAUUGAUAUUUAAGGCAUUAUUAUGUAGGUUGUUUUUGUUUAAAUAGAAAACUCUACAUCGCACUUUGCUUUUGGAUCAGAAAUGAUAUUUAUUGUAUUUGUGAAAAUGUUUUCCUGCCCACGUUAUGUACUUUUUUCUUUCCCUUGAUGCAAAAACCUUGCCCACUAAAAAAAAAAACAAAAAAAACCCACACAAACAAAGAACCAACACAACCUACAGAUUUUCUUUGUUUCUUUUCAUGCCAAACAAAUUUGGAAUUUCCAUGCAGCUCUUUCUUAAAUGUCCAUUUGAAGUUUGUGUUUUUUGUUGUUUUUUUUUUUUCUUCCCUCCAGUGGUUCCUUUGGUAACUUGGGAUGAUAUUUUUAGAGACACGUGAAGUUUGUACUACAUUUAAGCAUUUCUUUUAAGGCAAGGAAGUAAACUGUGGAAUCCAUGUAUUUGUGAGAAGUAUGAAGAUGAUACUAUUUUGUUUGUAUUAAGCAUUAGCUGCAUUAGCUGUCAUUUCGCAUUCUGCACUAAUGGGAAAAGGUGUUAGAAUCUUGCCUAACGUUGCUCUAAUUUUGACUUUUUGCUUUUUUUUGGUAUACAUCAAAAAGAACCCUGAAAACUUCUGUGGAGUUGCUUACAAUGGUCAGCAGUGUAAAAAAAUGCAUUUUUUUCUAUAAGGCUUCUUGUCUUUUUUUCCUUUUCUAGGUGCUCAUUAUAGGGCAUUAGAAGGGAAAGCUAUCGCCAUGGCACGGGUUCAUAUUUUGGCUUACUAAUGCAUGAAGUCCUUCUGCUACAUUACUAAAGUAAUGCUCUUGCUGUAACCAAUGGAAAUCUUGCCCAAGUCUGGAGUAAAUGAAAUACCCUAGCUAAAUACACUAUGUUGGCUAGGGGCAGGGAAAAUACAUAGCUGAAAUCUGUGUCUUUUACUUCUGUGUUUGGGUUACAAAACUCUUAAGGUUAUGCUUUUUUUGAGGAAUGCGUAUCUUGUUCUGUAAGGAUUUGGUCCUGCUCCAUCUAAAAUAGUUUGAAGUACGUUGACUUCAGCCAACUAGGAGCAAGCCAUGAAACCCUUCAGGAAUUUCAUACUGCUGAUGUUUUCUCAUGUGCUUUUUUUUUUUUAUUAUUUUUAUUUUUAUUUUACAACCAUGCAUACAAGGAUGCUCUGGAUGACAAGGACAUCUGUUGCCAAUUACGGAAAACCAAAUGUCAGGGUUUCUAAAGGACUGACAGACAAGGAAAAAGAAUGCACCUGGUUUCUUUGAAGUUAGUGGCUAUGCUCCUGUUUUGAGCUGGGCCAGUUUCUUCACUAUUUGUGUGAAGUUGGGAGUGAAGAUAAAAUCCACUUGCAAAUAAAUGUGAUCAAACAGUAGUCUGGGGAAUCUCUCCUUUAAAAAAGUAUCACGAUUAAAAUCUUUAUCUUUUUAUCUAACGUAUCUGCAGAUACAGGCAGGACUGUGGAUUUUUAUUUUUAUUUUAAAUAAAAUCGGGUUUCAGUCUGUAUUUUGCAGGGGAGGAAUGACUUGAUUUAAUAUCCUUCUGCAUCUGUUCAGCAACAUCAUUUGCAAGUGCUUUGAACGUGUUUCAUCUAGAGCUGCCUUGUCAGGUUGGUUUUGUACAUUUGUCCUUCUUUUGUUUAUGUUGUACUGAUCCCCCUGCGGGAAUAGUUGAUGAAACUGAUUUUUUUUUCUUCAAUAUAUAAUAAAUCAUCUUGCUCUUAUCAUUGUA